GCACCUCUGCCUGACAAGCGCUCCGAGGCUCUGGAAUAGCUGUGGCACUGUGGAUCCGGAGGAGGUAACGCGAAGAUGGCCACGGAUUUAGGGGAGCUCAUGGUGCCCUAUAUGCCCACCAUCAGGGUGCCAAGAACUGGAGAUAGAGUUUUCAAGAGUGAAUGUGCCUUUUCUUACGAUACCCCAGAGUCCGAUGGUGGCCUCUAUGUGUGUAUGAACACAUUUCUGGGCUUUGGGCGAGAACAUGUGGAGAGACAUUACCGCAAGACUGGACAAAGCAUAUACCUGCACCUGAAACGCACCGUCAAGGAGAAAGCCACUCAUGCUGCAGGGGGCGCUGCGCCGCGAAGACGGAAUGGAAAGGUGUUCUUAGAUAUCGAGCUCAACCGGGAUUUCAACGGGGAUGACUAUGACUAUGAUGACGAGGCCAAGCUGGUCAUAUUCCCCCAACACUUUGAGAUCCGGCUUCCCAAUAUCGAGGAACUGCCCGCACUGGUGACGAUAGCAUGCGACGCCAUGCUGAAUGCCCCGUCCCCCUACAGGAAGCCUGAACCUCUACCCUGGGAUGAUGAGAUCCAAGUAUCAAAACAUGCCCGGGGUCUCCAACAGCUGGACAAUGGGGUUCUGAUCCCCCCCAGAGGCUGGAAGUGCUCCAGGUGCGAUUUGCGUGAGAACUUGUGGCUGAACCUGACGGACGGAGCAGUGCUGUGUGGGAAGUGGUUCUUCGAUGGUACAGGAGGCAACGGACAUGCACUGGAGCACUACAGGGAAACCAGUUAUCCCUUGGCGGUUAAACUGGACGCCAUCAGUCCAGAUGGGGCAGACGUUUACUCGUUCGAUGAAGAGGAGGCUGUGCUGGACCCUUGUCUGGCGGAACACUUGGCCCAUUUUGGCAUCGAUGUGUUACAGAAGAAGAAGCCCGAGACGGGCCGCAUGACCAACGGGCUUCCAGCACACCCCGGCGAGUGGGAGCUGAUCCAGGAGUCGGGCCACAAGCUGAAGGCCGUAUUCGGCAGCGGAUACACGGGCAUCAAGAACCUGGGCAGCAGCGGCUACCUGGGCGCCACCGUCCAGGUGUUGUUCAGCAUCCCAGAGUUCCAGAGGGCGUAUGUGGGGAAUCUACAGAGGAUCUACGAUUAUUCUCCUCUGGAUCCAACAAAGGACUUUGGCACACAGAUGGCUAAGCUGGGCCACGGCUUGCUGUCGGGGCAGUACUCCAAGCCACCGGUGAAAGCCGAACUCAUAGAGCAGGUGGUGAAAGAGGAACACAAGGCGCUGGAAAGGCCCCAGCAGACGGGCAUCUCCCCCAGGAUGCUCAAAGCCCUGGUCGGCAUGGGACAUCCAGAGUUCUCCUCCAACCGCCAGCAGGAUGCUCUGGAGUUCUUACGGCACCUGAUCGGCAUGGUGGAGAGGUCCAGCGGCAGCUUUGAGAACCCCAGUGACGUGUUCCGCUUCCUAGUGGAGGAGAGGGUCCAGUGCUGCCAGUCUCGGAAGGUGCGCUACACCCAGAGGGUAGACUACAUCAUGCAGCUGCCCGUACCCAUCGAGGCCGCCACCAACAGAGAGGAGCUGCUGGAGUACGAAGCGAAGCGGAGGGAGGCGGAGGAGAACAUGACUCCACCUCCGCUCCCUGUCAGGGCCAAGGUCCCCUUCGCAGCCUGCCUGCAGGCGUUCAAUGAGCCCGAGAAUGUGCCGGAUUUCUGGAGCUCUGCCCUGCAAGCCAAGUCCGCUGGGGUCAAAACUUUCCGUUUUGCCUCAUUUCCUGACUACAUGGUCGUACAGAUGAAGAAGUUCACCUUCGGGGUGGAUUGGAUCCCGAAGAAAUUAGACGUCUCGGUGGAGAUGCCAGACUUCCUGGAUCUCUCUCGCCUUCGUGCUACUGGGCUGCAGGCAGGGGAGGAGGAGCUUCCUGACUUGGCCCCGCCCAUCGUCAACUCACAGGACCCCCGAGGGAACCCAAGUACCUUCUCUGAUUAUCCGGAAAUAGACGAGUCUUCGGUGGCACAGCUGGCGGAGAUGGGCUUCCCCCUGGAGGCGUGCCGGAAGGCAGUGUACUACACGGGAAACAUGGGGGCCGAGAUGGCCUUCAGCUGGAUCCUGGCCCACAUGGAGGAGCCCGGCUUUGCAGAGCCCUUACCUGUGCCUGGCUUUGCUGAAGCUGCCCCCUCCGCCCAUCAGCUGCCCUCCUUCCUGGGGGGAGCGCCCCCAGAGGAGAGCGUGGCCAUCCUCACCUGCAUGGGCUUCGCCAGGAAGCUGAGCAUCCAAGCCUUACAAGCCACGAAUAACAAUCUGGAACGGGCCCUGGAUUGGAUCUUCACCCAUCCCGAAGGCGAGGAAGAGAGUCAAGGCCCGUUUGAGGCCGCUGAGGAGGAGCCCACAGAAGAUGACACCUUCUCCAACGGCUUCGCCUUCUCCAGCACCAGGGGCCUCAGCAGCUCCCCCCCAUCCCAAGACCAGCUGCCCCCACCCCCCCGGGUGAAGGACGGACCUGGCCGGUAUGAACUGUUUGCCUUCAUCAGUCACAUAGGAACGUCGACAAUGUCUGGCCAUUAUGUGUGUCACAUCAAAAAGGAAGGAAGGUGGGUGAUCUACAACGACCAUAAAGUCUGCCUAUCAGAAAGGCCUCCCAAAGACUUGGGGUACAUCUACUUCUACCACCGGCUGUCAUGCAGCUAGGGCCGGGUCCACGGCUGACUCGGAACCCCAGGAGGAAGAGGGGCGGUUUGGGAGCCGCUGGAGUGCCCAAGGGGCUCGGCACCUGCCUAUCAUCAUCAAUCGGGAGGGGGGGGGGGCUUCUCUCAAACACGACACACAAGAGCCCCAAUCCACCAGCAUCUGCUGAAACGUGUUAUUUGUGAAAGGUAGUGAGGAGAUGCUUGUCAGUUUAGCUGUUAGUGUGAGCCAUCUCUCUUUCUUUUUAUUUUCCGUGCCUUUCACUCAUUCAGUUUGACAUUUAGAACAGGAGCCUUCAACUUCAUUCAGGAUCUGUUGCAGAGAACACCAACACCAAGUUUUAAAUCGUGGUAAACAGGAACCGUGUACAACUGGCCAACGUAAUGACUCCUUCUACAGAGGCCAUUAGCGGGAUUAAAUCACUGCCGUAAUCAUGCUGCCUGAUGAGUAGCCCUGCCUUUAAGUGGCUUGUAGGCUGUCCCGGCUCUGAAUGCGUCUUUUUGAACCUGGGGGUUGAUUGAGUGUGCCCAGGGGGCAAUGCUGUGAAAUCAG